AUGGACCCUCGACUACCUAAAUUUGAGGGUUUAACUCUUGGAGGAAGAGAACUUCGUGCCACUACUGCCCUUUGUGAUUUCUUGGGGUCUCCAAUAGGACUUUUCUAUCGAACCCCUGGCGUUCCUUUGGUGGCUCUGAUGGGUGCAGCAGCAGCAGCAGGAGCAGCAGGAGCAGGAUCAGCAGCAGCAGCAGCAGAUGCAGCAGCAGCAGCAGCUGCUGCUGCAUCUGGGGGUCCCGAGUAUUUCCAGCCCCAUCUGCUGCUUAUGCAUGCACUGCUGCAGCAGGAGCAGCAAAUGCAGCAGCAGCAGCAGCAGCAGCAGCAAGCUGCUUCUUCAGGAUCACGAGUUGGGGUUCAGAGAGAGUUUCGUACGGGUCCAGUAAGAGGAUGGGCAGGUCUACUGUGGGCCUCUACCUCUCCUGCUGAUGGAGUAGCAGCAGCAGCAGCAGCAGCAGGAUCAGCAGCAGCUGCUGCAGGAGGAGCAGCAGGUACACAAGUAGAUACAGAUACACCAGAACCAGCAGCAGCAGCAGCAGCAGCAGCAGCAGAAGACACAGAAGAAGAUGAGGAAAGUUUCUUAGCUUUCUCUAAGGUUAUACGAAGACUUAAUAGGCUACCCCCUAAAGAUAAAUCAACAGCAGCAGCAGCAGCAGCAGCAGCAGCAGCAGGAAAGACACCAACAGCAGCAGCAGCAACAACAACACCAACAGCAGCAACACCAAAAGCAGCAACAGCAGCAGCAGCAAGUGCAGCAGCAGCAGCAGCAGAAUGGUUUAACAUUUCUCAGCCUCUUGCGAAGCAAAGUCAGCAAGAAGCAACACAAUCUCCUGCAGCAGCAGCAGCAGCAGCAGCAGCAGCAGCAACUGCAGCAGCAGCAGCAGCAGCAGCAGCAGUGCCUGAUGAUGACAGUCAGAAUGCUGCAGCAUUUGCAAACACUCAAGUAGACAACUUCACGGGCACGCAGAUCUCCACUCCUGCUGCUGCUGCUGCUGCUGCUUCUGCUGCUGCUGCUGCCUCUGCUGCUGCUGCUGUUUCUGCUGCUACUGCUGCGGCGUCUACGCCAUGGGGUACCGUGGCUAGCCCCCUGCAGCAGCAGACUGCAGCAACAGCAGCAUCAGCAGAUGUUGCAUCAGUGUCUCCCCAUACUGAACAGCAGCAGCAGCAGCAGACACAGCAGCAGCAGCAGCAGCAGCAACACGAAGCUGCCCCUCUAUAUAAGACUCUUACUCGUUUGUUAAAUCGGUUGUCUAUGCGGAGAGGCCGUCGAGGCAAGAAGAAAGAAGAUGCUGCUGCUGCUGCUGCUGCAGCAGCGGCAAGUGUUGCAGAUCACGGUAUCAGGAGGUGCAGCAACGACAGCAGCAGGAGCAGCAGCAGCAACAACAGCAGCAACAGCAGCAGCAGCACUCUCUCCUCUGUGCAGCAAUCAGAUGUUGAUGCUCCUGUCUGGCUAAGAAGUGCAGCAGCAGAUGAAUGUUGGGAUUGCUGCUGA